CUUGUAUUCCAGUAGGUAUUAUUAGUUCUAUAAUUUCACUACCAGAACACUUUCAGGGACUUCCCAAGUUUUGAAAUAAUGUCCAAAUCAGCGCCCACAAUGAAUUGUAAUGCCUUUGUUGGCACACGCCUAAAACAUUAACGUUAUUUUUAGACCGACCUAUAACAAUAAGUUUUUUAUAUUUCCAUGGAUGACAAUAAAUAAUAGAUGGUAAAGAUAUAUUUUCGUGACGUUAAUGUAUACGAAACGCAAAUAUACCAUUUGUAUCGGGGCUCAAUUAUAUUUAUAUUAGUGAACGAGAGGUAGAAACAAAAUGUAAUAGAACAAUUUUGAAGUAAUCCUUUGGACGAGAGUUCCAAAUUGGUUUCUUUUUACAGUACGUUUAAUGUAGGUGAAGUCUGGGUUGUGUUUGUUUAAAUCGACACGAAAGUAAUGAAUGGACCUAAUGUGGUUUGGUUGUAACCUACUGACACAAAACGUUUUGGGGUUGCGAUCGAUUCUCGGCCACCCUCGCUUCAUGAAUUAAACUGAAGUUACAUUAUACACAAAACGCCGGGUGAUAAAUGUUUCUGCGACGUUAAAUUGCAAAGCAUCGACCCUUUCCGAAUAUUCUUUUUGUAAAUUAAGAGGGCCCCGUGAAAACGCAAAACCGAUGAUUUCCGCAGGAAUAGAGGGCCGCCUACCCUACAUGACGUACCCAGAACCUUGGGGCGGACCGCCCAAGCAACCUCCUGAAUUUCUUCGACCAGCUCCAAAACCACUUCCUCCAAAUAGAUAUAAUGGCGUACACCUUAGUAGUUCCUUAAAUGGAACGAGGCAACCUCAAAGGCAACCGAGCAAAUACCCAUCUCCACCGGCUGCGACACCGGUUAAUCUAACUCAACAGAAAGAAGAAUCCACAGAAGAACUGCCAUACUCGGCCUACUCUCGUCUAUUUCCACCCCCACCUCCGUUUAUGUACCAUCCUUCUGGACCAUACACCUCUCUCUACCAACCGCCGUACACACCUCCUCUCCGUGCAAACUACCCUCAACCUCCCCCUCUCUCCCCCCUAGAACCUCCGUACACGCCAACGACGCCAUCAGCUACCGGUUCUGCCAUUUUUCUAACGCCAUCGGCCACCUUCAGCCCGCCUGCCGUUGUACAGCAGCAGCCGUCCCAAACCAUAACGCGCGUCGAGCGCAAACCGUCCCCUAGCUUUAAAGUGCCAUCCGGAAAAGAGGGCUCGUUAAAACACCGAAUUCUGACGAGGCCCGGCGAUAGUAUCCACCUAAGACACUCGACGGACGCGCAGAAACCGAACGAUGGUCCGAAACUGUCCGAAGCCACCAGGAAACGACUUACUGCCACCGUUUCGCCGCCGCGAUCGCCCGCCAAAACUGGAACCAGCAACGUCGUGCCCGUGGGAAAUUUCACCAAAGGCUCCCUUAUACAGCUAGCGAACGGAGAACUGAGACGGGUCGAGGACAUGCGAACGGAAGACUUUGUCAAUUCGGCGGAACGCAGUCCGGAACUUCGCCUUGCCGAUAGUACGGUCGUGCGGAUCGAAGAAAAUCCCAUUACGGGAACUGGAACCGUCACCCUUAGCUAUAAUCAACGACGAACUCAGGUAACGUCUAAUCUACAUUCGAAACGUUACGUAAAUAAGUGCAAGGAACGAUAGGAAUUUCCGCCGAAA